UUUUACAUGGGAGAAUUUCCCAAAGAUAAACACACCACCGUCCCUUAGGGCGAGGGAUGGGGAUAGUGUGGAAUUCGAUACCAUGUGGUUCCCAGAUGUUUCUCAGAGUAUUUCUAAGGAAUGUUCCAGAACUUUUUGGCCCUAUAAAAGGGAGAGCUCUCGGACUGCAGUCACAGUUCCACAAGCUCUCAAGUGCACUAUACACACCUGGUCGAACUGUUAGUCUGUCUCAAGUACUACAGCAAAGAACAAUGGCUCGGCUAAGCUACGUCGUGUUGAUCAUCGCUAUGAACGUAUUAAUGUGCGUUCUAGCAGAGGAAGAGACAUAUCCUCAAAAAUACGCGGAGUUCGAUGUUCAAGGUAUGUUGCGUAACGACGAUAGCCGAGAAGAACAUAUCAAAUGCUACAUGCAAACAGGGCCGUGCACAGAAGAACAGAGGUUGAUGUCAGAAAUGUUUGGCGAAGCUAUCCAAACUGACUGCAAGAAGUGUGCUGAUGGGCACAAAGCAAUUUUGAUGCAAGUACGUGAUUAUUGGUUACAGAAUCAACCCGAGAUGUGGCAGAAAAUAGUUGUAAAGUCUAAAGACUAUGUGAAGAAGAAUUAAACAAUAACUGCUGACAACUGUUGGCAAUAUGGACUGAUCUAUUUCCCGAUGCGGUAACCCAGAUUUUCUCAAUUAAUCGAUUAUAAUAGUUUAUAAUAUGAUAGUCGAAAUAAUAGUUGUAUGAACAGUAGCAUCUGGUGGAACUGAGGCAACAUUUUGUCGACAUUAAUAUUACUAAUAUGCAAUUUGUAUCAUAUAUAACAAAAAUAUGUUGUUAUUGAUCAUACUACAUUGCAUAUAUCAAUAAAUUUUAGAUUCUAGAAAUUCUAGAAAUAAUUUUUCUUUUAAAGAAGAUAUCGUAGGGUUCGUUUUCUGUAUGAUUAGUUAAAAUUACAGAUGCUUAAAUAAUACCUGUAAUAUCUGUAAUUAAAU